GUCUGACGGUUUCUUCUUCUAGCUGGUGGUAUUCAGUAGCUGCCCGAUAGGAAAACAGCGACAGAGGCGAGAAGGAGGAGGUGCGGAGAGGAUCCCGGGCAGAGGUGCAGCCAGCAUGGUGUUUUAAGACUCACAAUUGAAUUGAGUAAAACUGCCAUGCAAUCAUUUGAAGACAAGUAACCUGUGAAGAAUCUCCGUCAUACAUCCAUUCUGCCAUGUUUCGUGGCUGUUAUUAUAAGUCGUGUUUGUCUUCAUGAAGAUUCCUAAUCUUGGUAAUGUGAUGAAUAAAUUUGAGGUCCUUGGAGUUGUAGGUGAAGGUGCCUAUGGAGUGGUGCUUAAAUGUCGACACAAGGAAACAAAGGAAAUUGUGGCAAUUAAAAAGUUUAAAGACAGCGAAGAAAAUGAAGAAGUCAAGGAGACGACGCUGCGAGAGCUUAAAAUGCUUCGCACCUUGAAGCAAGAAAAUAUAGUUGAGCUGAAAGAAGCAUUUAGAAGAAGAGGAAAAUUAUACCUAGUCUUUGAAUAUGUUGAAAAGAACAUGCUUGAAUUAUUGGAAGAGAUGCCAAAUGGAGUUCCUCCGGAAAAAGUCAAGAACUACAUCUAUCAGCUCAUCAAGGCAAUUCACUGGUGUCACAAGAAUGACAUUGUCCAUAGAGACAUCAAACCAGAAAACCUCUUAAUUAGCUACAACGAUGUCUUAAAGCUCUGUGAUUUUGGAUUUGCAAGGAAUUUAUCUGAAGGCAGCAAUGCCAAUUACACUGAAUAUGUGGCCACCCGAUGGUACCGUUCUCCUGAGCUGCUUCUGGGGGCUCCAUAUGGGAAGGCUGUUGACAUGUGGUCUGUGGGCUGUAUCCUUGGAGAACUGAGUGAUGGCCAACCACUUUUUCCCGGAGAAAGUGAAAUUGAUCAACUUUUCACAAUCCAGAAGGUGUUAGGACCUCUCCCGUCAGAGCAGAUGAAGCUGUUCUACAGCAACCCUCGUUUCCAUGGGAUGCGGUUUCCUGCUGUCAAUCAUCCUCAGUCUUUAGAAAGACGGUACUUGGGAAUCAUAAGUAGUGUUUUACUUGACCUCAUGAAGAACUUAUUGAAGCUAAAUCCGUCUGAUAGAUAUCUAACUGAACAGAGCUUGAACCACCCAGCAUUUCAGACUCAGAGACUUUUGGAUCGUGGUGGGAGCUCUCCUAGAUCAUCCAAGAGAAAAACUCAUCACUCAGAUAGCAACUCAUCAAGCAGGAAACCAUCUACUAAAAGCUCUCAGCCACAUCACAGAUCAAACAGUAAAGAUGUUCAAACUCUUUCUAUUGGACCAAAAAGAGGUGAAGAAACUCAUCCACCCAAUGAAACUUUCAUCAAUGGCAGUCAUCCAGCAGGAUCUCAUAGUCCAACAGUCCAUCCAAAAAAGAGCAACCAAAGUGGGUCUGGCAACAAGGAUCUGUCCAGUAACAAUUUGCCACACCUUCUUAGUCCAAAGGAUGCAAAGUCUAAGAAUGAAUUUGAUUUUGGUACUGAGCCAAAGACCAGUGAAGGGCCAGGAACAAAAUAUAUGAAAUCAAGUUCACGAUCCCAGCAUAACAGGCAUUCAUUCAUAGAGGGUAAAACUGGAAGCUUACAACCUGGUGAAAAGCAUGCUCGCCAUAGUUACAUUGAUACUAUCCCACAGUCUUCAAGGAAAAGUGGUUCUUAUAUGAGCUAUUCAAAAAGUCACGGUGUUCUGACAGAUUCAAAAUCAGUGGGAAAUCUUAAUGAAAGUAGAGGACAAGGUCUGGAACCCAACAGUAGAUAUUUUCCAUCUAGCUGUCAUGACUUAAAUUCUCCAACUAGCCCUGCUGGUCCUAGGCAUGUUGACAGUAGAGGUAUGUUGAGCCCCUCUGGAAGGACUAAAAGGAAAGAAGGAACUUUGGAGUCAAGGAGACCUACUACAAGGCAUUCCAGAACUAUGGAGGAGCUGAAGCUUCCAGAUCAGAUGGAUAGUAGUCACACUCACUCACUGUCAGCCCCACAUGAGUCUUUUUCAUAUGGCCUAGGUUACACUAGUCCUUUCUCCUCUCAGCAACGUCCUCACAGACACUCCAUGUAUGUGAGUCGGGACAGAGUAAGAGUUAAAGGAAAUGAUCCAGGACUAAGUGUUGGGCAAGGCAUGGCAGCUAGGGCCAACAGUCUACAGUUGCUAUCUCCUCAGGUACAACAUCGAACAUUGACCAGAUCUGUUGGUUCAUCACGUGAAGAUUGCACAGAAGAUACUACUAGGCAGGCUGACCCAGCUCCAUCAGAAGGGAUCAUCCACUCAAGACCUCUAGCUAAAGAGCCCAACAGAGAUGGCGCAACUUCAUUUCAUUUGCGACAAAAGUCUGAGGGAGGACCUUAUCAUGACACACAUCCAGAUGAUCCAUCCUCCAAAGAAAAUCGUCAUACAUACACUGAUACAGUCCCUAGACGGGUUGGCAGCUUCUACAGAGUUCCAUCACCUCGGCCAGAGGGAACGUUUCAUGAAAACAGUGCGUCAAACCGAAGUUCUUCACAUCCAGUCGACAGCAGUUCAGGAACAAAUCACUCAAAGAGACAGACCACCUUUGAUCACUGGACAACAACAGAAAAAAGCCAUUCCGAACAAAUUAAAGACAAGGAAAAGCAAAGUUUUUUCCGAGUCAUAAAAAAGAAAAAGAAGAAGUCUCAAGCUACAGAAUCCACAGAUCCUGAAAAACCGAACGUGAAGAAAAGCCUCUUCCCACUUUUUAGUUCAAAGAACAAUUUAAAGAGUAGCUCUUCUUUGAAAAAACUGCCUGUAGUCCAUCUGCCGAUGAUGCCUAAUACAGAUGGUCAAGAUCAUCUCAACAUACAGAAAAGCACCCACUCGUCCAGUCACAAAAGCAGCCGACACAAAGAGUGGCGUCCAGACAAAAUGGGAGAAAUUCAUUCUCAUAGUCAACCCUUAAAGUCUCUGUGGAAGCUUCUCCACCCAUCAUCAAAUCACUCAGUACCACCAGAUCCAAGAUUUCAACCUUUACCCAACCAGCCACCUAAAACACCUUCCUUUACAGAGGCCAGAAUACACCCAAUGAGCCAGCCUUCCAGCUCAGUCCAUCGUCAGGAGCCACAGCCAAAAAGUCGAGCUGGACUGCAGAUUCCAGGACAGCCAGAACCUCUGUGGCAUGUCUCCCCAGUAAAUCGAGGAACUAGUGAGGGAGCUCCUUUCCCUGAUCAGCUGGCCUCCAAGCCUGGCCAGAACGGGAUGCCUUUUAACCGGACAAAAAGAACCAGAUUGCCAAAUUUAAAUGACUUAAAAGAGACAGCUCUUUAGUUGACCCCUGUGCAGAAGGCAGUGUAUACAUGAAAUUAGUUCUGGGUGAAUGCUAAUUUGGCGAAGGAGCUUCAAAGGAUGUAUAAGCAAGUACCUAUAGUUAUAUUGAUUAUGUGCAAUAUGCUUGUGUGAGGUUACACUGUGCCGCAAAACCCACCCACUAAUACUUUUGUCGAUUGUCCGGUUACCUGCUACCACUUUCCUUGUGACAUUAGAAUGUGCAAUAAAAAAGAUAUUGUCAAGAUCCCAAAAAUCUCCCCAGUGCUACACAAUGAAAAGAAUGGCGCCAAUAUAUUUAUACGUCACAAACGAAUAGCCUUAUCCAGGGAAGAAAUCAAUAUUUUAAAUACCUAAUGCUUUAAAAGUGGGUUUAUCCAGAAUUAGAGAUUUUUAAGGAACUAACACUUCCACAUUUGAUAUUUUUUUGUAAUAUUUAUUUAUGAUUAUUAUCAUGAAGUCAUAUCAUUGUUACAAUGUCGAGUUAUUUUGAGCUGUUUAAAAACAUUGUGAAGCCGUACAACAGCUAAAGUAGUUUAUAUGAAAACUUACAGUAUAACAUUUAUAUAUUGCAUUCAGAGUAUUAUAUAUAAAAAAAAAUAUAUAUUAUCUGCACACUCAGACAUUUGUGUGUGUAGUUGUUUAUAUGUUAAAUGACUGUCAUUUUUAUAACUACGAGCAUAUAGAGAAGAAAGUAUUGUUACGAUGACAACUCUGCCAUAUUUUUAUACAUUUGUGCAGUAUUAAUGUACUUCUAAUAAAAGGGAGUAAACUAGAGAUGUCCGUGUGCCUGCAGCCGUGUGAAUCUUGUCUGACUACAAGCGCAGGUUUGGAAAGUCGACCAGUGUUAUUGUGAUGUUUGCUUCUGUCAUUGCCGAGAAACUCAACUUGCCGAAAGUCAGAAUGACCUAGCGUGAUGGACGAGAUUCCUUCCUCUCAGCUUAAAAGGCAUUUUGCCUUGCCAGUGACAAAUGCCCAACAAAUAUUAGUUUUUUUUUUCCUUUCCGGUUUCAUGUUGUCGAGUUUAGACCAAAGAUAUUGAAUACCAUUAUGGAAUAGAUGCUGAAAACUUGACAUUUCAGAGAAAUUUACUUUCUGCAAUAUUAUUGUCUAAUAAUGAAACCCAAGAAUCUCUUUAGGUUUAGUUCUUUUCUCCCUUCCAAGUUCUAACCGGCCCAGCUAAUCUUCCGAGAUCAGUCAGGACCAGGCACUUUCAGGAUGGUGUGACCUUAUAAGAUAUUUUUUAAAAGAAGGCAGAAAGCACUUCACUCAAUCAUAACCAUCACCAAAAAUGUCAUUUUUAUAAGAACUUUCUAUAAUAAUAGUAAUUAAAUACUGGUAUAUUCACACUAUAUAAACAACAUGAAUACAAGUACAUAAAUUUUUAUACUUUAUAGUGACCAAAGGGUUGGCCUCCAUGUCAGUAUUGCUGCAGAUGUGCCGGGAAUAGCACAUAAAGGAAAUUAGUGACAGAAAUUAGUGGCGCUGAUGUCUGAUGGUUUAAUAUGCGUAGUUCUUGUUUACAGCAUUGAUUUUUACUUGUAACAAGGAAAAACAAAAUACUUGUAAAAAUUACCUGUAUGCGUUAAAAAUAAAAUAGUCACUACUCACCUUACCGAUCCCUUCUGUUGCUGUUCCUACAUUUCUUUGAUCCUCGCUACUCUUUACUUCCUGGUCAAUAUGGCUGGAAAUGCCCACUUAGCCAAGUAAGGUGAGUCACCAGGAAGUGGAGAGCAGCGAGAGAUCUGUGUGGUGAGUAAUGAUUGUUUUUUAUUAUUAAUUGGCUCUUUUUACAAUAAUUUUGUUCCUCUAGACAAACCCUUUAACCAUGUUUCCUAAAACCUUCAAAAUCAUCUCAUAGAGCUUUUGGUCUUUGGUUUUGAUCCACAAAGUGUAAUGCUGCAUUAUUCAAAAAUCAAACAAUAUUACAGAUGGGUUUGAGUGAAACCGUGCAAAACAAAACUGCAUAUAGCAGAUUACUGCUUUUUUUUUGCAGUAGAUUUAUUAUUAUUAAUAUAUAGGAUAGGAAUUACAACCACUAUCAUAUGAUCUCUGCUCUGAUGCUCCCCCUAGUCAUCACUACAAAAAAUAAUAUUGUUAUAAAAUUAGCGCAGAAUUACAGAUCUGAAACAAAAGUGGUAGAACACAGAGUUUGAACAAGACACUGACAUCCACUGAAGGGAUAGAAUACCAAUGGGUUGAAGCAAGACGGGGAUUUUCA